AUGGGCGUCCAAGGUCUCUGGGACAUACUUAACAAGGCGGGGCAAUCACGCGCGUUCAAAAAUCUCACUGUUGUCGACGGCUUCGAGGAGAACGAGUCGGGGCGGCGCGCCUACCGCGUCGGCAUUGAUGCCAGCAUUUGGUAUCAUCAUGCGACAUUCAGUAAAGGGGGAGAGAACCCCGAGCUACGGCUCUUCUUUUUUCGUCUCUGUAAACUCCUCGAGUUUCCCCUCAUUCCUCUGUUCGUGUUCGACGGUAGAGAAAGACCAAAAGUCAAGAGAGGAAGCAAGUUGGGCAAGGCAGGGUCUCAUAACCUGACUGCUAGAGUGAAACAGCUCCUCGACUGCUACGGAAUAGAGUGGCGCAUGGCAAGGGGUGAGGCGGAGGCAGAGCUUGCUUGCUUGAACAGAGCGGGCGUCAUAGAUGCGAUCCUCACAGAUGAUGUCGACACUCUGGUGUUCGGCGCACGAACUGUCAUCAAAAACCCCAGCUUAUCACUGACUGGCAACAAGGCCAAUCCUGCUCAAAACUACGAAGGCAAAACAAGUAAAUAUCAUGUCAUGGUGUUCAGCGCGGAAGCUCUCAGGAACCACCCAGAGGUACAGAUGACUAGAGGAGGGCUGGUUUUGUUCGCACUUCUUUCUGGAGGGGACUAUGACAAGGGUCUCAACCACUUCGGCCCCCAAAUCGCCCAUGGGCUGGCUCGACUUGGCUUCGGUGACCGGCUGUUAGAAGCCUAUGAAAGGCAGAGUGGACGAAACAUGACCCACUUCCUCUCACAGUGGCGCGCCGAGAUCAACGUAGAACUGCACACGAACGCCCACAAGCUUCUCCGCUGCCCAUAUCCUUCUCUCUCCAUCCCUGAGGAUUUCCCUGACAUGGACGUGUUGAGGAACUACAUAAAUCCCGUCUGCAGCGCAAGCGUCGGCCAUCAAGGCGGCGGGGCGUUGCGAGAUAAUGGCGAUCUGAGCAUACCGCGCCUAGCCGCGUUUUGUGAAGACCAUUUCGGCGAGUGGGGCCACCGCUCGGGAAUCUUGAAGCGCUUCCGCAAUGUGAUAUGGGAAGCUUCAGUCAUACGCGUGUUGCGGCGUGCAGCAUUAGAGGCUGACGAACUGGAGAAGACAAAGCGCAUUCGAGCGGAGCGGACUGACACCGCGAUUCGGGGUGUGCUACAAUUACCCACGACAGAGGGCGUGGGGACACCGGCGUCGCUGGUGAAGAAGUACCUGAGCCCAGCCGAAGUCGACCACCGCGCCGCCAUCUUCGUUCAGCGAAACAACAACCCAGCACCCCUCGCUGGGGCAGAACCCGAUAUGUACCCUAUGAUCCGGAAGAUCCUCAGUGCGCGCCAUCACGUCUCGACAGAUAACCUGCUCGAGUAUCGCGUGGAGGUUGACCCCCGCCAGCUUGUUGCGCUCGCGGAAUCCGGGAUAAAGGGCAAACAUCGCGAGCCCGCGGGGUUGGCCAAUGUGUCCGAUGAUGAUAGCAACGAGGACGACGACGAAGACGCAACCAGCUCCCAGGGAACCAAUAGAAGGAAGAGGAAGAAGAUCAAGGCACCUGUGGAUCCGCAGAGCAUGAUGCGUUUGUGGAUCCCGGCGUGUAUGAUGCGUCAGGUACACCCCGAACUCGUGGAAGACUACGAAGAGGCAGAACGGGCGAAGCUCGCGAAAAAGAACGGGGCGCAGCGUCGCAGGAGAAAG